CCUGUGUAAGUGGUAGAAGUGUCAUUAUUUAGCCUAUGAAGCGAAGGAGAGAGAGGAGAGCAAACAGGACUGAAUGAUCCUCAGGUUGGACUGACUCUCCUCUUCACUACCUCAUUAAAGCUUGAAGCGUUCAGACGAACAACACAUCAAAUGGUGAGCCCGACCUUAGGCUACUACUCUCCUAUCCUACCCAGCUCAGUUCACUUCCAUGGAGAUCAGCUCACAGUUAACUUCUGAAACGGACUCCGUUUAGAAGUAUAAGGACAUGAAAGGCGUGGCGCUGGGGGAGAGGAGAGAAGGGAUUUAUUAAAACAGCAGGACAGAUGACGGUUUGGUGGUUGGACUCGAGCCAAAGAGGACCUCGGAACGCACCCAUUCGCAGCCUGACAGGAUUUGGAAACGUCAGGUGGGGAGUGGACUAGACAGCUAUUCAAAAAUCAUAACAAGAACAUUAAACAAGAUUGGUGUGUCUUUCAUCCAAUAUUUUGGCUAAAAGAUUUUACUACGCUUUUUAAAUUAAACUCAUGAUCCUUUGGCCCCAACUGCCUACAUAGGAUUUGAAAAUCUGGAAUAACGGUAGGAGGAUUGAUGUCUUCCACCACAACCAAGGCAGGCGACUGUGUCCGGUUAUUAUCAGGCUUAAAGUGAAUGGUGUUGGAGCGUUUACCUUCAUGGAGUCAGACCCUAAUCAAGUCACGGCUCAGAUUAUAGAUUAUUGUGCUUGACUGAGUUCCUAAAGUAACAGGACUAUAUAUUCAUUAAAUUAACUCUCCCUCCAGACAGAGAGGCUGCUGAAGCCUUGAAGACUUGUGAGUAGGUGUGUGUGUGUGUGUGUGUGUGUGUGUGUGUGUGUGUGUGUGUGUGUGUGUGUGUGUGUGUGUGUGUGUGUGUGUGUGUGUGUGUGUGUGUGUGUGUGUGUGUGUGUGUGUGUGUGUGUGUGUGUGUGUGUGUGUGUUAUAAAUGGAGAGGCAGGGCCGUCUUGGGGACUCGGCACUGUAUGACUUUGUCAGUGAUAUAAACCUCAUGGAGAUUCACCCAAAGUCCACUUCGGGUUCAAAACAGCUCAUGGACAGCUUUCUCCCAGCCACUGGCUACCGGGGCCGGUACUACAACCUCUCCUAUGUUAACGGGAGCCACCGGGAAACAGAUACAAGCGAGGGGGAACAAACCGGACACGGACAUCCACUGCAUGAGAUGGCCACAGGGAGCACAUCUGCCUACACCUACUACAGCCCAGGCUCUUUCUCACACACAUCUCACACACACACCUCAGACACACACACCGGGCGGUCGAAGCGGAGGCGUGUGAUCAAUGUGGGCCAGCGUCAGGCGGCGAACGUCCGGGAGAGGAAGAGGAUGUUCAGUCUCAACGAGGCAUUUGACGAGCUGCGGAGAAAAGUGCCAACCUUUGCUUACGAGAAGAGGCUGUCACGCAUCGAGACGCUCCGCCUCGCCAUCGUUUACAUCUCCUUCAUGACGGACCUGUUAGAGAACACUUGACCUGAUCAGGAUCACAUAGAUCCAUCAGGGUUAUCAGAGCCAGGUCGAUUAAUCAGACUGGUUAGUUUGAUUGAUGCUUCACCUCGGCAUCGUUUACAACUCCUUCAUGACGGACCUGUCAGAGAACACCUGACCUGAUCUAUCAGGGUGAUCAGAACCAGAUUGAUUGAUUAAUUGGUUAAUUGAUCAGAUAUUCAGUUCAUGGCGGACCUAUACUGGUAAACAGCUGAUCAGGAUCUAUCUGAGUGAUCAGAUAUCAGAUUGAUUACAUUGGUUAUAUCAUAUGUAUUUAUGGAAUAUAAAGUUUUAGAAUGGGGCUAUGGUUGUUAACAUAUAUACAUUUAAUAUCAAGUAGCUAUUUAUGCUGUUUUUAUAGUGUUGUAGAAAUGUGUUAUUAACAUUAUCCCAAGUGAAAUAAUGUGUGCCAGAGCAACAACAAAAACAGUUGUUUUGUUUUAAUAGGUUAAACUGGGUUGAUUUUCAAGAGAUUAGAAAACUUAACUGAUGUUAGAAAAAAAUAUGUGGGUUAGGGGAGGGAACAACAGGAUUCAACCCAAUGGGGUUAGUCUGUGCAUAAAAAGGGGAUCCAGAUAGGGACAGAUUUACUUCUCAUGUUUAUAUAUCUAUCAAGGUGCUAAUUGCAUGAGAGGGUUUCAGGGUAGAGAUAAAAGUGUUGGGUAGGAGGGUGAUUUGAGAUAUUUACCCAGAGGAGGCUGGUGGGAGGAGCUAUAGGAGGACGGGCUCAUUGGAAUGGCUGGCAUGGCAUCAAUGGAACGGUAUCAAACACAUCAAACAUAUGGAAACCACAUGUUUGACUCCGUUCCAUAUAUACCACUCCAGCCAUUACAAUAAGCACAUUCUCCUAUAAUCCUCCCACCAGCCUCCUCUGGAUUUACCACUUAGGGAAAAGUUACCUCGUCAGACCCCAG